CUGUGUAAUUAGUUUUUGUUUUCGUCUAAAUUUAGUUAAAUUUAGUACUCUAUGCAUGUGCCGCAAGAAUCGAUGUGACGGGGAAUCUUGAAAUUUUUUAGGAACUAAACAAAGCCUAAACUCUGUGUAUUGCACUGACGCAAUAAUUUGACCGUACUUACCCAGUCAGUGUCUUGAGAAUGACACAGGCGAUAAGAACCGAGAAGUGAGUGUGUUUUUUUUUAGCAAGAGAAAGUGAGUGUUGAGAGUGCUGCUUCCUGUUUACGUCCUUUCGUUACAAUAGAUAGAUCUGUGAGAUAUUAUCCAAUAAAAAAACCUUCAUAUAUAUCAAAAUUGGGUCCUAGCUGAAAUGACCCGAACAGCUGACUCCAUCUGACUGGUACACGUCGACAUUAUUAUCCCAAGGAGGCCUCUUGCAAUUAAAAAAAAAAGCCGAACCUAGAACUAGACCGAGAGCAAGAAAGGCAUCUAUUAUCUAUUAUGCAUGUAAUGCAUGGACGAUAUCGAUGUCGACGAGCCCUUGGGUUGCCUUGCAUUGGCGUCACGCGUCAGUACGUGUCAUACAUGUCCGCCUGCCCCCAUCGAUCUCUCCGGCCGGUCGUCACACCUUCGUGUGAGCGCAUGGAUCACACCAUGACCUUCCCUCGUCGUCGUCCAGCUCGAUAUCCAUGCAUCGAUGGUCCCAAGGAGUCCCAAACAAGGCACAAACACAACAGUUAGCGCAGAUGACCGCGAGGAGCCAGCAUCAGCACCCGGACCGGACGACGUGCGUAUCUUGGGGCGCCGCCGCCGCUGGCAGAUCGCGCUCGCGCACAUCGACACGACGACGACACAAACAACAAGAGAGCUGCCUCCCCUGCUUACCAGAAGCUGACAAACACAAGAGCAAUAUAUCUACACGGCCACACACAGCCUCCAAUCCCCUCUACUCUACCCUUGUGCUCUCCAAUCCCCUCUACUACUCUCCGGCCCCUUGUGCUUCGCUUGUUUUGGUUUGGUAUUCCGGCAAGCCAUCGAUCGAGAGUACAUGCCAUCCAUGGCGCACGGCGACGGCGGCGUGCAUCAGCCGUCCUGCGCCACGGUGCCGCUAGGCAAGUCGGUGCGGCGGGCGCUCCGGACCGCCAUCGGCAUGCCCAAGAAGAAGAAGAAGCCGCAGCCGCGGCCGCAGCCCGGCAGCAGGAGCGUCAGCGUGUCCAUGGAGCUGAGCAGCUCGUCGUCGGUGGCGGCGAGGAAGGAGGCGGUGGUGCGGGUGGUGCUGCGUGGCGGGGUGGUGGAGGUGUACCCUGGCGUGGUGCUGGCCGGCACCGUCAUCCAGAACCACCCGCCGGGGCUCUGCCUCGCGCACCCGGACGUGUUCCGCAACCCGCACGGCGCCGUCGUCCGCCCGCUCGAGCCGCUCUUCCCAGGCCAGAAGUUUUUGCUGCUCCCCGAGUCCACCGUCGUCAGGCUCAAGCAGAAGAUCCCCGAGAGCUCCAUCGGCGCCUUCGACGACGACGAUGAGGAGGAGACGUCCUCGGAGGGCCACAGCAGCGGCGGCGGCGCGGUGUCGUCGUCGGAAGAGGAGGCGGGUGACGACGGUGCUACCCCCAUGCUGGCGUGCAGCGCGAGGGGCUACUUCGAGGACAACGACCGGUGGUCGGAGUUCCGCUUCAGGAAGCUCGUGGAACAGGGGCUCGCCGUGGCGCCGAGCAAAGAAGACGACGACGACGAGCCGGCCGCCGGAAGGAAGCAGGAGAAGACAAGGAACAAGAAGGAGAAGAGGAAGGGGAAGCGGCGGAGAGACCGUAAUAGUCUGCUGCCCCUGCUGCCGAUGGGCCUCAUCAGAGGGUUCGCGGCGGCGAGGAGGACGUGGGAGCCCAGCCUGCCGUCGGUGGAGGAGGAAGAGGCCACCCCCGUCUUCGCCGUCUCUCCUUGCCACCCUCCGUCGGAGCCGGAGGAGAUCACAAGAUCAUGAGCCGCGCGCAGCAAGUUAACUAACUAGUGCUGUUGCACUUGCACAUAGUCGUGUGUCGUGUCGUGUCCUCGCGGUGGAGGUGGUCGGGCAGUUCAAAGCGGCCGGGCGAUCAGAAGCUGCAUGCAUGCAGAGUGCUCUCGUCCUAUUCCGUCCAGAAGCUGCAUACACUUGUACAUUUUUCUUGUUGGCAGCUGUCAUGUUUUCUCUUUUUCUGUGUCCGCGUCGAACAUAUACAAGUGUAUAUAACCCUGAUGACCCUUGCUGUGAUCAAUCAGCUAGUCGUGUGCUUUGGUGGU